CGGGCGUACACUACCUAUUAUCGUGCUGCUCCGCCGGCGCCGGUGCAUAAAACGAUAGCAGGACCGAACCAGGGCCGCUGCUCAGAACUUCCGCCGUCUGUCUUAGUACGUUUUUAUCGCUCGAAGAACGGACAUAGGGUUGAGCGGUGCCGAGAACUUUUCCGAAGCGAGACGAGAUGACCCCUGCAGCCAGUUUUGUGCUAAGUGCUGUCCUACUAGCAGCCACGUCCUUCGCCAUUCCGGUGGCUCAGAAUGGUACCGGGCUCGGUGCGGCGCUCACUAACAUUGCCAACAGCUUCGUGGUAGUGAGCGAGGAUGUAGAACUGGAGCCCCACCCGACCAGCAGCGGUGGCCACGGGGAGGAAUCGGUUGUGCCGGAAGCGCAAAGCGUGCUGCAUCUCGAAUCGGCCAACGUGCUUCCCUCGCUCGUGCACAUUUCGCUCACGCCCGAGGAGCACCACAUCAAGGCGGAAACGGCCGAGCUGGUGUACACCAACGAUACCGAUGCGCAGGGCGUGGUAAAGAUAACGAUCGUGUCGGAGGAAGAGGACUUUUCCGGCGAUUCCACCACGGACACAGCGACCGUACGGGAGGAAGAUGACGACGCCGUUACUACGGAGGAAACCACUACCGGGGAGGAGGAUGAGCUUACGACGCUAGAGCCACAGAGCAGCUCCAGCAGUAGCGCGACGACCGUUGGAUCCACUGCGCCACCGGAACCGAUCCUGACCGUGCUCGGUGCGGAUGAAGUGGACAAGGACAGGGAGGAGGAAAUUAAGGAAAACAUUAAGGAGGUGGAAGCAAUGCCAGUGAUAUUGACCGUAGGCGUUUAGCGGUGCCUUUCUGCUUUGUGUUUUUCAAAAUAAAUGAAUUAUUUUUGCACGAGUUA